UUUCCUUGACGAAAGACUGCGUGUAAUAACUAAAGAGACGGCGCUUCCUGCAGCACCGUCGUCUUAGAAUUCAUCGUAAAGUGUAAUAAUGGAACAUUUUUAUCUCGAGGGUUCAUUUAACUUGACGAUAUAAUACAAUUAAUGGAUUCGCCGAUAAAAAAGAAGAUCGGAUUACCAGCCGUGUAUAAGAAGAUACGAAAAAGUGUCGCGCCAAUGCUUUUAACGUGAGACGAAUCUUUUUUUUCUUUCUUUCUUUUCUCCCAGUGCUUUGAGGGUGCAGUUUUAAAAGCAUCGCCCGGGUGCGAUAAAGUGCAAUGAGGAUUGUACCGGCGAUUGGGUUGGCCCUGGGGCCAAUCCACAGUUAAUAAAUAAAGAAGAGGGAUUUCAAAAACCAAAGAGCGAAAAAAUCUUGCGGUUUAUAUACAUAUACAUAUAUAUAUAUAUAUUUACCGAUCUCUUUUUUUUUAACGUUUUCCUUCCUUUUUACUUUAUUUGAAACUAUAAAGUACACACAUAUAAUUUUAUUCAACGCAUUCAAAGUGAAAAUGAGAGGCUCGUUGAUCAUUUUCUCACUUAUAAUUGCCGGUCCGGCCUGGUGUACCGGAGACGACGAUGAUCGCGAGGACGACUUUGUACCCCUGGAUCGCGGUCCUUACUUCGAUGUCUUGGCAUCGCACAACGUAACCGCACUCGUUGGACAAACCGCGGUCCUGCAUUGUCGCGUUAAGAAUUUAGGCAAUCGUACGGUGUCGUGGGUUCGUCAUCGGGACAUUCACCUCCUGACAGUUGGCCAGGAUACCUACACGGCUGAUGGCAGGUUCCAGGCGACCCAUUUUCCCCAAACGGAAGACUGGACCCUGCAGGUCAAGUUUCCGCAGCGUCGGGACUCCGGGACUUACGAGUGUCAGGUCUCGACGACGCCGCCGAUCGGUCACUCGAUGCACCUAUCAGUCGUCGAGCCGGUGACGACAAUUAUCGGAGGUCCGGAAAUGUACAUAAACCGUGGGAGCACAAUGAACCUCACCUGUGUGGUCAGACACAGCCCGGAGCCACCGCCAGUUAUCUACUGGACGCACGAACACAAGGAAAUCAAUUACGACAGUCCUCGUGGCGGGGUUUCCGUGAUCACGGAGAAGGGAGAAAUCACCACGUCCUACCUCCUCGUCCAGAGGGCCCAGCCUGCCGACAGUGGUCGGUACACGUGUCAUCCCAGCAACGCGAACACUAAAACGGUUCUCGUCCAUGUGCUCAAUGGUGAAUAUCCGGCCGCGAUGCAGCACGGCGGGCAGCUCAAACUCGCCAAUCCACCCUUCGUCAUACUCCUCGCAUCUCUACUGGCGUUUUUAAACCUUCACUGAUCAUCGUUGUAAAAUGAUAUGUCGUCGGGUACAUCGU